GCGCCAAUUCGCACGCUGGGCUCCCAGACUGAAGGUGGCAUGGCUGAGCCGGCGAGCGGGUUCGUGACUCCCGCGGGAUGGUUUGCGGCCCCGGAGCGGAUCCCCACGCUGGGGCCUCUGAGCGACCCAGUCCCGCUGCAGCACAAGUGGAUGCUCUGGGCCAUGUUGCCGCCGCCGCCGCCGCCGUCGUCGCCGCCUCCCGCCGCGGGGUCGGAGCCCGGCUCGGAUACGCAGCCCCCCACGGACACCCAGGCGCUCCCCGAGGCGCCGCCGCGCUUCGACGCCCCGGUUCUUCCCGGGACCCAGACCCUCUUCGACACCCAGUCCCGCCUUGAUGCUCAGCCUCAGAUCAGCGGCCAGCCUUCUUGGAGUUUCCAGGCUUCGACAUCUUGGCACUGGAGACCGUCUCCUAGCAGUUUCCCUCCGCAUCAGACGUCCCACCACACCCCGGUUAAACAUUCUUAUUUUCCACAACAAUAUGAUGCAGAGUUUACUGACUUCAACUUCCCUCCCAGUAGAAAACAUAAAAAAAAGAAAAGAAAAGAACCAGUUUUCCACUAUUUUUGUGAUACCUGUGAUCGUGGUUUCAAAAAUCAAGAAAAGUAUGAUAAACACAUGUCUGAACAUAUGAAGUGUCCAGAAGUAGAUUGCUCUUUUAGUGCACAUGAGAAGAUUGUCCAGUUCCAUUGGAGAAAUAUGCAUGCUCCUGGUAUGAAGAAGAUCAAGUUAGAUACUCCAGAGGAGAUUGCAAGAUGGAGAGAAGAAAGAAGAAAAAACUACCCAACUCUGGCCAAUAUUGAAAGGAAGAAGAAGUUAAAACUUGAAAAGGAAAAGAGAGGUGCAGUAUUGACAACAACACAGUAUGGUAAGAUGAAGGGAAUGUCCAGACAUUCACAGAUGGCAAAGAUCAGAAGUUCUGGCAGACAUCACAAGUGGGAAAAUGACUGUGCCGGACAGAGAGCAGCCAUCGGAUCAAGCAAUUCCUUGGUUGAUUCAAAACCUGAAGGUCCACCCAAGGCAAAUGCAGACCCUCUGAGUGUUUUGGUAAAUACUGAUUCUGAGUCUGAUAAAGAGGAGAAACCACAAAGUACUGUCAUACCCAAGGAAGUGACACCAGCCCUGUGCUCAUUAAUGAACAACUAUGGCAGUCUGUCAGGGUCAGAGAGUGAGCCAGAAGAAGUAAAGUUAACAUGGGACAAAGGAAACAAAUGGGGAAAUGUAUUGCUGUUCUGGGAGAAAAAGAAACUCCCAUUAAGACCGAAGCAGAUGUUCUGGCGGAAGACCAGGUUCUUCAUAGUGAUACUUCUAAGGGACCAAAUCAAGAUGUUAAACCAACUGUUAGAAAUUCCUCAGAAGCCAGAAGCCAAAAGAAAAGUUGCAAAAAGACAAACCCUAAGAGGAAGAAAGAUUGCCACAAUUAUCAUGCUUUAUUUGAACCAAGAACACAUCAUCCAUAUCUCCUGGAAAUGCUUUUAGCUCCAGACAUUCGACAUGAAAGAAAUGUGAUUUUGCAGUGUGUUCGGUACAUCAUCAAAAAAGACUUUUUUGGACUUAAUAGUAAUUCUAUGAAAACUGAAGAUGUGUAGGUGUCUGAGGUUUCAGCACUCAUAAUUGAAGCAUUUAAAAUAGUGCCAUGUUCAAGUUAGUGGAGGAAAACUUUUUAAACUGAAUUAGUCAUUGAAUUGUAAGCUUCAUAUGAUACUGUGUUGGAUUUUUGAUUCUUUUCUUUGAAUCUGUGUAAAUAAAUACACAACUGAUUUUUAA